UCCUCAAGUUAUCUUUCUCCGGACCAGCUGCAAGAUAAGAUGACAACUCUCUCCGGUCUGCCACCAUCUUUCUUCACGGCCUUUCUCCAAUUGGAUGCCAUUAAGAAACGCAAUGCGGAGGCAAUGAAAGUCACAGACGACACGGGACCUGCACAACUUCCCUUUUUCCUGCCGGCCAUUGAAACUACCACUGGGAUGACGUGGUUAGAUGAUGAAGAGGAAGAGAAGCCAGUUCUAGAAGUUUCUAAGAAAGUUAUGGAUGUUGCGACUGAUUCCAAAAAAAACAAGCUUCGAAGAAGCAAGAUGACGAUGGAGGAAUUAGUUUUGGAUCCUGGAAGCAGUAUUGUGAAUUCCCUCUUGGAAGCUGGCAGUUUAAAGGAUCCUUUGAAUGAUGAGAUUUGUGAGUUUGUUUUUGUUUAA